GCGUCUGCUCACCAAUCUUCUGUUUAGUGAUCAGCUUACAGCAGCGGUGUAACCUAGGAGCUUAAUUGGCUAUGAGAACCCCGCACUGUAACACCGAAAUCACCGCAUUUUAGACCGCAGUGGCCAUAUACUCUAAUCACAAACCUGCAACUCUUCUUAGUCAUGUGCCUUAUCAUGGUCAAGUUCCGCUAAAGUACCGCAACAUCCGCCGACGCGUCUGCUUACUCUCCAGAGUCCGCACUUCACCUCGAGACAAUCAGUCCCGGCAUUAGCCACCAUGUCGACAUCAUUACACCCUACAAACAGGGCUCGUGCCUCAUGUUUCCAUUGUCGCGACAGUAAGCGACGCUGUGACAAAUCAUUGCCUGCAUGCCAUCUCUGUCGUCGCAAGAAGCUAGAAUGCCGCUAUCCCCAACGCCGUGGUCAGAAGUCCGCAUCGCCGAUUGAUGAUACGGCCAAUCUCGAAGAUGUUGCAGGGAGAAGGAAGUCGAGCGAUAUUUAUCAUGGGACGAUUCAACACGAAAGGGCACAGGACUUGGUCAACGCCAGAGCCAUUCGUUUUCUGGCACCAGACCUCUUUCGCGAUCUGCAUCUACAGGUUCCGCGUCUUGAUUGGGUCAUGUCAGAUGAAAUUGAAGCCCAACUAGGAGGCCGGCAGCAGAUGCAAGAGAUGACCAAAACAUUCCUGCAAUUAACGAGAUCAUGGAUGCCUAUAGUCAAUGGGAAACGUCACCUAGCUGCCGUGUUAAAUCCGCUGGUCCCACUCCGCCGCCCGACUGCUCUCUUGGCCUUAUGCAUGAAGCUAUGCUGCCUUUCAGUCGAUGAAAUUGAAGAGAAGCGUGUGCUAUACGAGCUGGUGAAGAGAUUUUAUGCAGAGGUUGAGGGCCAAGAGGACUCCUGCAUCCAAGUCAUGCAGUCGGCAGUCUUCAUUGCCGUGUUUGAGAUGGGUGAUGCAAUAAACCCAGCUGCGUACUUGACUGUUGGGGCUUUGGCAAGGUAUGGUAUGGUCAUGGGCAUGGAUAAGAUUAACCAGGAUGUGUUGGGCAAGGGCUGUGAUGCAGCCACAGGAGCAUCGUGGACAGAUAUAGAGGAGAUGAGGAGGGUAUGGUGGGGUACCUUGAUCCUGGACCGCUUACUCAACGUCUCUCAGCCAUCUCGAGGCUUAAGCACGGCUGACCCCUCAUUCGAGGACUUUCUCCCUGUUGACGAUGAGUUCUUUUACAACCAAGUAUGUUUAACUUUCCUAGCCCAUAUUUUUCAAGCCCCGACUGACUGGCCAUCUCACUAUCAGUCGGCUUCUCCCGAACAUGCUACUCGCAUAUCUGCGGGAUUUACUUUCAAGAUGGGAUCCUUCCCAAGACUUUGUCAAGCCACCCACCUAAUCAGCAAAUCUCUCGCAUUCUGUCGCGGUGCCUUUGAUGACAGCGACGAAGCUUCACCCAAUAAACCGCCUGAGGAUGUGGUUCAGCUUUGCCGUACCCUUGAGUCAUUAGUCCGUGUCAAUGAACUCGAAGUGUCGAGUCGUCAGCUGGCGUUCUGCAGCCAAAGCUCUGUUUCAUACAUUGGGAUCCUGCUACUGCAACAACACUACUGGCGACGCGCUGGUCACGAGGCGGAACAAGGCUCGACGCCUGAUAUCUUCCCCGAGACGCAGUCAGCCCUCGAAACUCUGGAUCGCAUCUCCACGACAUUACGCGAAGGUGGUUAUGAUUUAUGGCAGCAUCUUGAAGACGGCCGCUGUUCUCUUUUUCUGGUUGAGCUGGUAUAUCAAAGUAUGCUGGCUCUUCUACAAAUGGGCAAUGUAUGGCUUGCAGAGGAGGUUCAGAGCAAGAAGGAAUCACUAAGCUGGCUACUCUCACAUAUGGGUAAACGGUGGCCACUUCUGUGUAUAAACAUAUCUUGCAGGCUAGGGAGAGCAUACUAGCUGUUGAAGAUGCCUUGACGUAGCACCGUGAACCCCACGAACAACUUCGAUAAAGGAAAUGUCUGGUCA